UACGCGUGCGUAGUAAUAGUAUUUAGCGAUUAGCGCGCAGCAUUAGUAGCUCCGCGUGUUAUAACGAAGGACGAUCAUUAGUGCUUGAGUAGAAACGCGUAAAUUGAGUUAUACGAACUUAAAAGGCGUAUUGGCACAUGCGCGUUGUGAAAUAAUGUGAAUAUCAACUGAACUGAAAAGAAAUAAUAAUUAUCUAUAGUAUUGAUUGAUUGAUUGCAUAACAAAAGGUGUUUGUGCUCUGACAGUGUAAUAUUUGUGUUUAAACUUUAUUACCAAUAAACUACUUACUUCAAAAUAAGAAUUAUAAAACAAUGAGUUUUACGUUGCUACCGACUAACGCCUAUCAUGUACGCCCCACUUGCUCGCCAUUUCGCGUGCAGUUGCACAUACUAUUUGGUUUUGUGUUGGGUUUUCUGAUGGCGCUAGGCACACUACUGCUAUAUAAUCACUAUCAAAUGGAGAGCGUACAACAGCGGCAACACACUACUGCCACCGAGUACUGGCAAACGGGUUACAUGACGGCCUUGCAGGAGGUGGCCACCGAGGCCGAUACGUUGCAACAACAGCUCAACGAGCGGGUGCGUGUGCUAUGCAUGGUGUUGACAUCGCCUAGCCAGCAUGUGAGUCAUGCGCAACAUGUGAAAGCCACUUGGGGCAGACGUUGCACGCGUUUGAUAUUCUUGAGCAGCGAGAAGGAUGAGGAGUUGGGCGCUGUGGCAGUUGUGGAAAGUGAGGCGGACACUUAUGAUGAUUUGUGGAAUAAGACACGCGAGGGAUUUCGCUAUGUGUACGAACGUUAUUUGGAAGACUAUGAUUGGUUCGUCAAGGCGGACGAUGAUACUUACAUGGUUAUGGAAAAUUUACGUUACAUGCUUUACGCAUAUCCCGGACAUUCAAUCUAUUUUGGCUAUCAGCUGGUGCGUUAUGGUGUGCCCUAUAUGUCCGGUGGCGCCGCCUAUGUGCUCAGUAAAGCAGCCCUGCGACGCUUUAUGACUCUGGCCUUUCACAACUCCACGCUCUGCCCGCGUGCACAGAAAUUCGGCAUUGAAGACUUUUAUAUGGGAGUUUGCUUGCAAAAUGUAGGCGUACAACUCGCCGAUGCACGAUUCGCAUUGAGUGUCGACGAUAAACCAAAAUUCAUGCCGCUUGAUCUGCAAACCUACAUGGGCACCGACAACACAACGGAAAUCUCCGAAUGGCUGCUUACCAUGACACCGCAUGCGGUUGAGCGCGGCUUGAAUUGUUGUUCAAACUACUCGAUUGCUUUCCACUAUACCAGUCCCUGGCGCAUGUAUAUGUAUGAGUAUUUCAUUUAUCAUUUUCGUGCUUUUGGUCUACAACAACAUCAGGUAAGCGCGCUGCCGGUCAAGUUGUCGCUCGAGGAAGUGACGCGUUUGUUUCCCAGCAAUUACACCGUCGACGAGGGACCGUUAGUGGACCUAGCCACACAAAAUCUACCGGAUAAUUUUUAGUUGUAACUCUUAAAUUGUGAUAUUAUUCAAAGAGUAUAUGAGAUUGAUACUCGGCACUUUAUCAAUUAUUUAUUAAGUGUAUAUAUUUACGUAUUUAUUAUGAUUUAAAGUUAUUAUAAACCUAUAGACAAAGCGUGUAUGCAUAUGUAUUGAAUAUAGUUUUAUUAAUAAAAUCGAAUAAUAACAUAU